AUGGGUGUGCAAAGAUUUAGGUUGCUUCCUCAGUCCCCUCAGGCUUGGCCAGCCUUCUGGGUAGUUUCCUCACCCACACAACUGGAUGCCUGUUGUAAGAGCCACAUCAGUGACAGGCUGCUUCCCUCUCACUUCCUAGGCAUCAACAGUAAACGUCUUGGCGUGUGUGGCUGGAUCCUCUAUUCCCUUUCUUUGCUGUUGAUGAUCAUUACCUUCCCUGUCUCCAUAUGGAUGUGCUUGAAGAUCAUUAAGGAGUAUGAACGUGCUGUUGUAUUCCGACUGGGACGCAUCCAAGCUGACAAAGCCAAAGGGCCAGGUUUGAUCCUGGUCCUGCCCUGCAUAGACGUGUUUGUCAAAGUUGAUCUCCGAACUGUUACUUGCAACAUUCCUCCACAAGAGAUCCUCACCAGAGACUCUGUGACUACUCAAGUGGAUGGAGUUGUCUAUUACAGAAUCUAUAGUGCUGUCUCGGCCGUGGCUAAUGUCAACGAUGUCCACCAAGCUACGUUUCUGCUGGCUCAGACCACUCUAAGAAAUGUCUUGGGGACACAGACCUUGUCCCAAAUCUUAGCUGGCAGAGAAGAGAUCGCCCAUAACAUCCAGACGAUACUUGAUGAUGCCACCGAGCUGUGGGGGAUCCGAGUGGCCCGAGUGGAAAUCAAAGAUGUCCGGAUUCCUGUGCAGUUGCAGAGGUCCAUGGCAGCUGAGGCCGAGGCCACCCGGGAAGCAAGGGCCAGGGUCCUUGCAGCAGAAGGAGAAAUGAAUGCUUCUAAAUCUCUGAAGUCAGCCUCCAUGGUGCUGGCCGAGUCCCCCAUAGCCCUCCAACUGCGUUACCUACAAACCUUAACCACCGUGGCCACAGAGAAGAAUUCCACGAUUGUGUUUCCUCUCCCCAUGAAUAUACUCGAGGGCAUUGGUGGUGUCAGCUAUGAUAACCACAAGAAGGCUCCCCACAGAGCCUGAGGCCCUCCUGAUGCAGCCAGCCUUGGCUUAGGGAGUCUUUCCUGUGAAGAAGCCAGCAGUUAGAAGUGCUGGGAAUUUCAGCACUAUUCAAGCAGAGUAAUCCACAGCUAGAAUAGCAUCAGCAGGGAAAUGCUAUAGAGGCUACCAAAAAAAAAAAAAAAAAAAAAUGAGGGCUGUGUACUACUUUUAUUUUUAAGAACAUAAACAACUUUGCAUUAUUCUUGUAAUACUCAGUAACCGUCCCUAACUUACAGCAGGAACUUGCUUGCAGC